AUGAAUCAACCAUUCAACAUCUGGGCUGCCAACAACUACCAAACACCAGCUCGAAAACAGCCUGCAUAUUUGAUCAUGAAUGCAGAUGGAAGGCUAGGCGUAGAUGACUCCUUUAAUAAUUUGCUCUUCGUUGUAAAUGGUGAACAAUCUGCCAUGAUCAACAGCACCACCGCAGCUCUUCUCGACAACGGCAACCUUGUUUUGAGAGCACCGGGGGGGAUUACUGUUUGGCAAAGUUUUGAUUAUCCUUCUAAUACAUGGCUGCAAGGCAUGAGAAUUGGGAUUUUCGACUCGAACAUGAGAAUUCCGAGGCAAAGCAUUCUGACUUCCCUGUCAACAUUUGAUGAACCGAAUUCCACAUUAGCCGUUGAUCACAGUAGCACAAAAGAACUGAUCGUCAUGCAGGAUGGGGUGGUUUAUUGGCGAAGUGGGAUAUGGGAUGGCCUUAAAUUUAGCUUCCUUGACUUCUUUGCUAGAUUUGGUGUUACUUUUAGUUAUUUUUCUGAUGCGAACGAGAGCUUUUUCACAUGGAAUAGUAGUACUGAUCCCUAUGCCUUAUUGUGGUUUAGCACAACCGGGAAUAUAACUGUUAUAUCUGGAGAUUUUGGGGCUAAUCGGUCAAUGGCUGUUUGCGAUGAGAUUGAUGAGAACAAAAGUAAAGAACAAUCCUUGGGCUGCACCAAUCCUUGUGGUGGUGGAGAUGGCUUUAGAGAAAUAUUGGCUGAAUUAGAUGUGUGGGAUGGAUACACAUAUAGUGACCAGACUCUUGCUGGCUGCAAAUUAAAAUGCAGGACAAAUUGUUCGUGCUAUGCUUAUUCUUAUAUUACGUACAACCAAGGAGGUUGGGGCUGUAAAACUACUAGGAGUCGGAAAGGGCAGCUGCUUUAUUCUGGCACACAGAGAAGUUUUGUCCGUGAUAGUUUCGAUUUGGCUGGGAAAGAAUUAAAUUCUACCCCUUCACCUGGGCUUGCUCCUCUGGCAUCUCCUGCUCUUGCUCCUAGUCCUCCAUCUGUAGUUUAUCCUUCACCUGGGCUUGCUCCUCUGGCAUCUCCUGCUCUUGCUCCUAGUCCUCCAUCUGUAGUUUAUCCUAUGCCUUCCGCGAUAAAGAAGUCAAAGAAAUGGAAAGUCAAGUUAUCUAUUGGUGUCCUGGUAACAUUUCUGGGGGCUCUUAUAUUGCUUUACUUAUUUUGCUGCCUGCAAUGCAAAAAUGGUGACAGCAGAGGUUUAAGAGAAUUCAACAGUGCAAAAAGGCUAGCGCUUCGUGAUAAAAGGGUAGAUGAUGAAUUGCCUUUCUUUGGUUUUACGAUCAUAGAAAUCGCAACAAAUCAUUUUGCAGAUGAAAAUUUGCUUGGUCAAGGAGGAUUUGGCCCUGUCUAUAAGGGAAAGCUGCACGAUGGGCAAGAAAUUGCAGUAAAAAGACUGAAACAUAUGUCGGGAUUUGGGAUGGAGCAAUUCAAGAAUGAAGUUACAGUGAUCUCAAAGCUGCAACAUCGAAAUCUUGUACGACUUCUUGGCUAUUGCAUCCACAGAGAGGAGCGCAUACUAAUAUACGAGUACCUGCCCAAUAAAAGUUUGGAUUCAAUUGUUUUUGAUUCUGAAAAAGGAAUAGUAUUAGAUUGGAAAAGGCGUUCACAUAUUAUUGAUGGGAUAGCUCAAGGGCUACUCUAUCUCCACAAGUAUUCCAGGCUAAAAAUUAUCCACAGAGAUCUCAAAACAAGCAAUGUAUUGUUGGACAAUGAUUUAAAUCCCAAGAUUUCUGAUUUUGGAACCGCAAGAAUUUUUGGAGAUAAUGAAUCGCGUGCAAAUACAAAGAAGGUUGUUGGUACAUACGGUUACAUGUCUCCUGAAUAUGCCAUGAAUGGCAUUUUCUCUGUCAAAUCUGACGUUUAUAGUUUUGGGGUGAUGAUGCUGGAGAUCAUAAGUGGAAAGAAGAACACUUCUUUCUAUGACUCUGAUGAUCAUUUGAACUUAAUAGGAUAUGUGUGGGAUUUGUGGGUAGAAGGAAGAGUAACAGAGGCUGCAGAUCGUAGUUUCGGUGAAACAUUCUCCAAACAAGAAAUUACAAGAUAUGUUCAAGUUGGAUUGUUGUGUGUGCAAGAAAAUGCUGUAGACAGACCAACCAUGUCGGAUGUACUUUCCAUGCUUAACAAUGAUUCGGUAACGGGUCUUCCUGUUCCUAAUCGACCAGGUUUUUCCUGCAUUACAAGCCGGUUGAUCAAUGACAACCCAGUCCAAAAUCAAGAACCUUGUUCCAUCAGCAAGGUCACCAUUUCUGACGUAGAAGGUCGAUGA